AUGAAAAUGCAGGCCAGUAGAAGCGAUUCGGGAAGUAUUAUAACUCUGCUCACAUUGUAUUUGUUGAGUUGGGUGGGUUGUGAAGAUGUACAAGGUCAACUACCAACACCACUCUCUCCUUGUUCACCGUCAGUUUCGCUGUUCCAAGCCCAAGUCACCCCUCCCCACCCGAGCAAACCUUUUCCUUUUCUCUUCAUCCCGAUAUUUCGGCGGAUGCCUUACUUGCUGUCUCUGUUCAUGUUCGUUUCAAACUGGAGGAUAUUCCUUUCCUCAUUACCGUUGAUUAAAAGUCCCAUUCGCCUCUUCCCCGGUCCGAUGAGCAGUGGCAGCAGGUCGAGGUCACCGACCAACAUUUUCCCUUUUACCAACUCUGUGAUCCGUCCUCAUUAA